AUGGCGAAGCAGCAAGGACUUGGACCAUCUAUCGAUACGCCAGGUGAUGAACCUUGCGCUCAAAUUUGGUCCGUCUACAUUUCGGAAGCUGAGAAGUACGACAAAGCACUUGUGGAUGGUUGGCGCAAUAAUAUGAAUGGGCUCCUUAUUUUUGCCGGUCUCUUCUCCGCCAUUUUAAGCGCGUUUAUCGUCGAGAGCUAUAAGCUUCUUGAUCGAACUCCAGAACCGCUUGUUCAGAUUGCCCUCUUCUCAUUGCAAAAUCCAGGCACCCCAUUCAAUAUCUCGUUGCUCAAUGACCCGCCGCGACUGCCUGGACCUCCCCCGACCGCCGCAGUCAUUUGUAAUGCUCUGUGGUUCAUUGCACUUGGUCUUAGUUUGGCGAGUGCUCUCACUGCGACCUUAGUUGAUCAAUGGGCAAGAGACUUUCUCAACCGAACAGAGAUGCUGCCUUCUCCAGUAAAACGAGCACGGAUAUUUGCCUACCUUUACUACGGCAUUCAACGGUUCCGUAUGCACGCCUUUGUCGGAGUCAUCCCAUUGCUGCUUCACAUGUCCCUGCUAUUUUUCUUGGGUGGUCUUGUCGCCUUCCUGUUGUUAGUCAGCAACCUGUUGGCUUUUGUCGCUGCCACCCUCCUUGCUAUCGUGGUCAUCAUCUAUGGGACAAUGACAGUGCUUCCUCUCAUCCAGUUUGAUUGCCCUUACCAGACACCGCUCUCCACCAUUCUAUGGAGUGCGCGGAGGUAUUUUUUCCGUAUGCUUGAGCAACACGGAAUUUCGCCCAGCAAUCAUGCGGACUCUCCCCAUUCACACUCAAUGGUUGAUGCGAUGAUGAGUACAGCAACCGUGCGCUCAGACCCUCGAGAGGCACGCGACAAGCGGGCGUUGGCGUGGACGAUGAAAUCAUUGGCCGAUGAUGACGAGCUCGAGCCAUUCGUGGAAGGCAUUCCGAAUGCCAUAUGGGGCUCGAAUUUCGGUCGCCGGAGGAAGUACGACAACCUGAUCGUCGGACUGUUAAAGGAUCCUCAAGUUCAGCUCGGCUCCCGGAUCGAGCACCUCCUUGCUAGCUGUGAAAGUGGCUUACUCGAGACCCAGGUUAAGCUGCGAAGACAGGUUGUAUGUCUCAAAGCUAUCUGGUGCUUGGGUAUGGUCGCAGAAAUGGGAGAGCAAGAGUCAGACCAGAAUCAUCCAAUGGGCGAAAAAAGGCGAUUCUGGCACCGACGUAGUGCCUCGAUAGAACUUGUCGAUGUAGAGCAGGCGCCUAAACAUGCAACAGAGCAGCAACUGUGGGAGAAGCCUCGUCUGCCAACUAUUGAACAGCCUCUAUCGUACUUCCAGGGUCUUCAAUGUCUCCCAAGUUCAUCAGUGAAUGUUGCCCACUACCUGCCAUCUAUUACUGCUCUUGCGAAUUGGAACGAUCUUUGUGCUCUCAACGGCUAUGUCGAAAAGAUUGCACAAUUACUACAGCCUCGACCUUCUUUCGAGAUGAAAAGCAACUAUGAGGAAUGCAAGGCAACCCUUGUAUCUAUGCUCUCGCUCCAUAAAUCCUACGUCUGGCGUCAUGUGAUUCCCACUGGGCUCGACGGAGAACAAAACCUCGAAAUGCUGGUCAAAAGCCCUUGCCCAGACGACAUUGCGGACUGGAUCGUUCAAGUGGGGCGAAUCAUCCAGCAGAUGCCGUUGUCCUGGAACAAGGUCCAAUACAGAAUACUACAUUCAUUCCUCCGUGUGACUGCUGAGGCCAGUCAAAUGCCAUACGAAUUCGAGCUCACCUGCGAAACGAUUAGACCAUCAGUGCCAAAUACCUUCGACAGUGACAUGGUCGGCAGCGUGCUUACCACUUUUUCUGACAACGUUCAAAAGGCUAUCAAAAACCCCAGGCGAGAAGUUACCCAUGUGGACAUCGUCUUAAGUAUCCUACUUCCCUGGUUCGACAAAAACAAGGAGCUGGACAUCCACGUCGUUCAGCGUGUCACCGAUGCCACAAUCGAUUACAUCAACCACCGCAAAAACGACGACGCUGUUGAACGUGUUUUGCGAGAUUGUGAUAUCACACGUCUUUGGGAGCUUGUAACUGAUCGACUGAUUACUGGGCGGGCAGAAUGGCUCGCUGAAGUAAGCAAGGCAAUGUGGAAGCUGGCAAUGCUUUUCCCUGGACCCUCUUCGCCAGAUGUACGCUUUCACAGCAGACCCCGAUUCAACGCUGCGACACUCUCAGUUAUUCCCGUUGCGCCAUUUGCUGUGUCGGUGAUCGCAUUACUCAAGACCCAUAUUCUUAAUGCGUAUGAAGCGACCUACGCACCGCAAGACUCGGAAGCCAAAGCCAAUCUACAAGAACUCGAGAAGCAACUAGUUCUGCACGAGAAAGUCAGUGUUGCCUCAGCAUUCAAACGGGCUAUCUACGCCGUCCAGGAUAGCUUGGAGCUCAUGGGCGCUGUCCAUGGAGUAAUUUCGCCAUUCCCUAUGAAGGGACUUGCACUCGAGCCCAUGCCGGUGCUCCCUACGUUUACCAUCCGGACUAAGGACGGUUAUAGCGAAUGGAGACAUGCGACCAUGGAGGUUGUCGAACAGGCUAUCAAAUUGGGCGGCAGGCUGGAGCGGCGAAUGGACCAAGCGCGAUUCGCAAUUGCCAUAGAAUUCAUGCAACGCUGUGCUGCAGCGCAAACUGCUAAUGAUCUGCCUUACGAGCCGGUCAAAACCUUUGCUAACAACAUUAUGCGUGGGGUGUUCGUGCAAGACCCUCCCCACGUUGACAACCAACGGUCCUUUGUCGAGGCUCUUCGUGGAUUGACUAUCUCGGGGAAAGAUGAGCACAGCAGGCUUGCUCGCGUGGUCCUGGAGUCGUCGCUAUUUGCUGGUCGGGAGGAAAACAAGCUUCCCUGGCUAGACGACUUUGUCUCAAUCAAAGCUCUGCAAGAUCUGCUGCGAACCCAUCUCCAAUUCUUCACCAAGGACGCUCUGGGUAUUCCGCGCAAGAUCGAAGAUGUCCUGGGUUGGCUAGAACUCAAGUUAGACGUGUUGGAGCGAGGCGUAUCUGAAUCGUCUGUUAGGAAAGACACCAUUGGUCGCUAG